AUGCUGGGAGCUUCAAUCUUGCUUGCCGUGCUCGCGCCGGCGGUACUUGCCACACCUGUCGCGCGCUCGACCUAUGCAGUGAAGGAGACGCAUUAUGUCCCUCGCAAGUGGGUGCAGAAGGGUCGUGCACCCAAGGACCAGAUGCUCGCGCUCCAAAUCGGUGUGAAGCAGGGCGAUUUCGACGAGCUGGAGCGCCACCAUUUGAGCCCCGAGGAGGUCAAUGCCCUCACCCAGCCUAAGGAUGAGGCAUUGGAUGCUGUGCACGAGUGGCUUCUUUCCAAUGGUAUAAGAAACUUCGAUUACAGUCCAUCCAAGGACUGGAUCAACAUCCGGAUCAGCAUUGAGGAUGCCGAGAAGCUGCUUGCGACCAAGUACUCGGUGUAUGCUCACGAAGACGGCACAGAAAUGUCCCGUGCUACGUCAUGGUCGUUGCCGAGCCACCUUCACAAGCACAUCGACACCAUCCAGCCCACCACCUCUUUCAUGCGCACCAGGGCCAAUCUGCCUACUGUCAGCACAGCAACAAAUCUGACUGAAGUGUACCAGCCUCCAGGUUAUGUGACACCCACAGAUCCGAUCAUCGCGAAAGCUUGCUCGAUCAACGGAACCACUCCCACAUGCUUCAAAACGCUCUACAAGACGCUCGGCUACGAGCAGAAGUCUUGUGGCGAAAACCAGAUUGGCUUCAACAACUUCCUCAAAGAAGUACCCAUCCGGCCAGACGCCAAACUCUUCCUAGAGCAAUAUGCACCAGAAGCCGUUAAGGGUGCUUACAGGAGGCCAAUCUCGAUGUUCAGACCAUUCUGGGCAUGACCUACCCUAUGCCUGUGACCGCAUUUACUACCGGAGGCGAGCCACCACAAAUCCCUGACUUGGCUGCUGGAGACCCACCUGGCAAUGAGCCAUACCUCGAGUGGGUGACAUACGUCCUUAAGCAGAAAAGCCUUCCUCAGGUCAUUAGCACUUCUUACGGUGACGACGAGCAGACCGUACCGGCCGAGUACGCCAAGCGUGUCUGUAACUCCUUCGCCCAACUCGGUGCUCGCGGCGUCAGUCUUCUCUUCUCCUCCGGUGAUGGUGGUGCCGGCAACGCUGCAGGAGAGAACGCAACGGAAUGUGUCUCCAAUGACGGCAAGAACACCAAGAAAUUCUUGCCCUCUUUCCCCGCCGGAUGCCCGUACGUUACUACGGUUGGUGCAACUCAGGGUUUCCAGCCUGAAGUCGCUGCCUACAGGCCCGCGAAGAGCCUCGGUCCGGACAACAAACUCCACGGCUACUACGCUUCUGGCAGCGGAUUCAGCGAGUACUUCUCCCGUCCCAGCUACCAAGAUGAUGCCGUCAAGGGCUACCUUAAGAAGAUCGGCGACGAGCACAAGGGCUUGUACAACGCUGCCGGACGUGGGUACCCCGACAUCUCCGCUCAGGGUCUCUACUUCGAGUUCGUCUGGAACUCAACCAACGGCGUCAUUUCCGGAACCUCUGCAUCAUCGCCCCUCGCGGCAUCUGUCAUCGCGUUGGUCAACGAUGCGCUUAUCUCUGCCGGUAAGCCCACGCUUGGAUUCUUGAACCCGUGGCUGUACAAGAAGGGCUACAAGGGUUUCACCGAUGUGCUGAGCGGAGGCAAUGGAGGAUGUAACACCACCGGUUUCGCAGUCACGAAGGGUUGGGAUGCAGUGACUGGAUUCGGUACACCGAUCUUCCCCGAGCUUGUCAAGUUGGCAAAGGGACAUCACUAGGAUAGAUGUACUGGCAUGAUUCUUACUAAAAGAGAGUUUCAAUAUGGGAAUCGUUAUUCUCGUUUUGAAGAUAGCUGUAGAAUGUUUUCUGCGGUGAGAAAGAUAGGGGCAGCAUAUUGAAGUUGAUACAAUGACUGAGCAGUCCUCAGCGCACGCAUCAAUCGAAUGGUUCUCCUUUCU